AUUUAAUCAGGUAACAAAGGAGGGACUUGCUGCAAGGGUGGUUGAUAGACAACAAGUAUAUAGGACUAUCUCCAGAGAAGAAAUGUUGCAUCUUUUUGAAUUUGGUGAUGAUGAGAACUCAGACACACUGAUUGACAUUGGCCAAGAGUAUAGACAGGCAGAUACCAGGAAUAUUUCUUGCCAAACCGCAAAUUCUUUGAAAAAGAAUGCGUCUCGUUCUCAUGGAAGCUGUGCUUCUGGUAAGGUGAUGGAAAGCUUGCUUGGCAAGCACCGUCAGAGGUGGAUUUUUGAUUACCAUGAACAUGAGACUCUUUUGCAAGAGAAUGAAGAGGAAAAACUAACAAAGGAGGAGCAAGACAGGGAGGGGGGUUGUACAGAGAUAAUGGGAUUUUGGGAUGUCAAUGCUGUGUACAAGAAAGCAACCAUAAUAAAUGGGGUAGAUGAUGGAAAGAUUACCAGGAGGUUGGAUGAUCCUGACAGCAAAGAGGUGUCGCCUUCUGUGACAGCAGCAGCUUUGGAGUCCAAGGAAAGGUGUCAAUAUUGA